CCUAGUCCCAGGUACAUAGAAUAGCUACUGAUUCGCGGCCCACGGUUUUGGCGACGACGUCAACGUUUUGCCCGUUUGUUUGUCACAUCCACACCAAUUGACAAAUCAAAACCCUCAACACCAGACUUGCGACAUAUUCGCCGAACGUAAAAAUGUCUAGCCGCUGUCUCCUACGGGCCACGCCCUUCGAGAGGCUAGCCGCCGCCGCCGCCGCUCCUCGAACCAACCUCACGCUCCCAUCCUUCACUACCGCCGCCCCGAUAUUGAGGAGAUGCGCCUCUACAGCAACAAUCACGCCAAAGAAACCGGCACCCACCCCGAAAGCAACCAAGGCCCCAGCAUUGACGCGGCGGGAGCGCAGGCCUCACCCGCCCAAGAAGUCGAUAGCGACGCCGCGGCCGAGCCAUAAAGUCCGGGGCCCAUUCUUUGUCAACCGCACCGCGUCCAAUUUGCUCCCUGUCUACCACGACAAGAAGUCCUCCCUGCCCGGGCUGACGUUGAUCCGCAAGAUCGACGGAGACGCGCAUACUUUGAGGGACGAACUCGUGGAGCUGCUCGGCACUCCCGAGAUAGAGGUCAGGGGCGUGACGAACCACAUCUGGGUAAAGGGGGAACAUAAAACUGCCAUCGUCGAAUAUCUCCAGUCUAAGGGAUUCUGAUGUACUUCAAACCUCGGUAUUGAUGUGCAAAAUGCUUUGUAAGAGGGACAUCGCCUUACUUGCCCACUAGACACAAGGGUCCGCUUGACAACAAUAGCGAGUCGUGGGAAAAAGGAAGGCAUCCUGAGCCGGUCCGCAGUGUAGGGUUUCUAGAGCCGUCAUUCUGUGGCACGGUUGUGUAAUAAUAGUACUCAUUCCAGUGUUGUAUUACUACAGCUUGUGGAAUAGUUGGACAAGAUGGGAGACCGAUCCCCGUCUUGUUGACGUUAAGUUUGACUAAAUGGAGUCACUGGACAGCGUAGUGUAGUGUGGUCAAGGGAAAUGACAGAUAGGUGGUUAAAUGUAACACAACAUAGAGAUGUACGCUAAAUUCUUAUACACAAAAGUCUUCCCUACACUCGAUGUAGAAUUUUACACGUAGCGGGAAGGGACAAUUAACACCAACAACACCAGACCCUGAAACCCUAGGUAGAAACCAAUUCAUUUCUCAGACAAUCUCCCGUACGAAUGCCUGAAAGAACCAGAAUUGGGGCGUGAGAAGAACUUCUAUAUCCAUAAAGCUUUAUUGCCAAGCCAAGCAAACUCGACCGAAAUUCUGACAGCCAGAGUAUCCACCCCUUAGAACGAGAUGCUUUCGAUGGAUGGACGCUUGAGUAGGCAUUCGAAAAAAAUGAGCUCAGCAAAUGAUUCUCAUUAAUCAUCCAAAGAGGCCGCCGCAACAAGUUGUUGCAGAACACGAACAUCAGACCUUGUCCAUUCAUCCGAAGGAAGCUUGAGUAAUUCGCAGACCAAAUCUGUGCUUGGCACAACUUUGGGCGGUAUGGACCCCUUCGGAUCGGCAGGAUCCCUUGACUUCUCGGCUAGGCGUCUUAAUAUCGACGAACUCAAAGCUGCGAGAUACAGACAGUCGUAUGCUUGCUGUGGCAGUUGAGGAGGUGCACGGUUGCGGCCAUGGCCAGUCCUCGGCUGUUGAUGAACUUUCUCUUUGAUGUAUUCAAACUGCUGACACAUGUGCCAUGUGAGCCUGUGAAGAUUCUGAGGGAAAUCACAUCCACUCGACAGCCAGGCUCGAACAAUUUCUGAAUCAUGGCCAGGGGCAAGGCUGAGAAUUGUUUGCGCUACUAGCAGACCUUGCAUCAGCGCAGGCUUUCGCGCCUCGGGAACCGGUGCCCUAGUGACAUCAAGGCUUUGCUCAGGUAUCAAUGAUAUAGCCAGGCCAAAGCAACGUGUCAGGAGCUCAUAUGGCAUUGAUUGUGACAUGUCUCCGGCCAGAAUAGCUGCAAAAUGACUCCUGUUCUGUUCUUUGCUGACUAGGAGCUUCGAAAAGGCUUCGAUGGCCACCGGUAGAUAUGUGUGAAGCUGAGGGUUAUACGGCGGGAAGUAAAGGUUAUCGGCGGCGAGGUUGGGCGCAGGCGCAGGAGCAAAGGCUAAAGCAAACUGGAGGAAACAGUAUGCGUGUUCUCUUUCGGAGAUUUCCACACAAGUCGAUAUGUUGGAAAGGAUAGUUACGACAUCCUUCAUCAAGUCGAGGGUGUUGCGAUGAGUCCGGAGUAACAUGUUCCUGGUACCAAGAUAUCGUAUCAAGGUGCACAAGAAUUUGACUACUUCUUCUUCCGCAAGGACUGACCGGGUACGAACUUCGUCCUGUUCGACUAUGCCAAAUGACAUGUUGCGAAUAAUUGUAGUAAUACACAACAAGCGAUCAACGGCUCGAUCGAGCUCGUAUUCUUCUGACCCAGGCGUAGGCUCAUCGUGCAUAGUCGAGUUCUCGAUGUGACAUGCGCGGAUGACGUCCUCGUAAUUACUGAUUAGGAUCUCGUCAGAGACCUCAACAGUGUUAUCGACCAGGACAUCAAGUUGAUCUUCGGCGCAUUCCAACAAGCAUUCGAUGAGCUCUCCAGCCUGGUUGAGGUCAACUUGAAACUGGCGAGCUUCACUUGCGGUAAAGGUGGCGAGUGUAUCAAGCGCCAUGCGGACCUCGGCUCGAAUGCCGGACUGGAGGCUUCUGCAAAGAGCAUGCAAAUCAAUGUUGCCCAAGGCAGCUAGAGGCGGAACGUCUGGCCGGAGCUCUCUCAGCCGUUGUGUGACAAUCUCAAAGGAUUCGCCAUAGUAAACGCCUGCGUACUCGUUUUCCUUCCAUUGUCGCACGAUGGGCCUAUAAAUAGAAGGAUCUUCGGCUGGAACAGGUUCCCUCUUAGGACUGGGGUCGAGAGGCGGAGGUCCCGGAAGUGAGGAUCUCACGCCUUUGGCCGACAUGGGGGAUUGCCCUGCAAGGUCAUCGCGGGUUGGCGUCCCUUGAAUAUUACGCGAAAGACUGUUCCUGGCAUGGCCCUGCAUCGCAGCUGGGUGUGGCUGGGGCUGCACAGAGGUGCUUGAGAAGCCAUUCAUCAUGGGCGGUUGCCCCUGCUUCGCUGGGGCCGGCGGCUGUCCCUGCACCAAGUGAGGCGGCUGACCCGGUUGGUUCAUGACUGAGCCUGGCGGCAUCUGCCCAGGCAUGCCGGGUUUCGUCGGUGUGCCGGGGGUCUGGGCGUGUCCAGGCAUACCUGGAUGUUGCUGUGACUGUUGCGCCUGUUGCAUUUGCUUCGCCCGGCCUUGGGCCAUGUAAUCGUCGAACCUGAGCAAGUUCCUCUCAUAUAUCUGUCGCAGUUGUGCCGGCGCCAUCUGGAACUGCACGGGAUGCAUACCCAGCGCGUUUGAUACAUUGGGCCACAGAUUGCUCUGCGUCACGUUUCGGUACCCACCAUGCUUGCCAACGGCUUGCCUGAGAUUCCAUAGACUGAUCGGUCGGUUCUCGACGAUUGGGUUCGGGUCAAGCGGCUGUCCUUGUUUAGACAUGAACUGAGAGAGCUUUUCUAGGAAAUCGGGGGCUCCGGGAGGACCUCGUUGCAUGCCAGGCUGAGAUGGCAUGGGCUGGCCAGGCUGAGGACGCAUUGCGCCUGGCGGCAUCUGGCCGUUGGGCAUUUGCUGUCUCGCCAUAACGUUGCGGUUUUGGCCGGCCAUCUGGGGAGACAUCUGCACACCUUGCGGCUGAGCCUGGGGGGAUGGCGGAACAGGUGAUUUCUGAACUGAAGGCGACUGGGCCACUUGUUGAGGAUGUUGUUGUUGCGGCGGGGGCUGCUGAGGCUGCGGCUGUCUAUGUUGGUUAGGUGGCUGCUGGUGCUGCUGUUGCGGUUGCUGCUGCUGCUGGAAUUGACGUUGCAUCUGCAUUUGCUGGAGGAGUUUCUGUUGGUCCCUCGCAGCCUGCGGCAUUUGCUGCUGCAGCUGUUGAAAGUGUUGCAUUUGUUGCAUUUGAUUCAUUUGUUGCAUUUGACCUGGAAACAUAUGUUGUGGCAUUUGACCCAUCAUCCCCAUUUGGCUCAUUUGCUGGGGAGACAUUUGCCCGACCUGAGGUGGUAAAUGGCCCAUCGGCUGAGGCAUCAUCUGCCCUCCCAUAGGGCCGCCCAUCUGACCAGGCAUUUGCCCUGCCAUAGGACUUUGAGUAUGUCGCGCUUGGGACGGGCUUGGUGCAAACUGCUGAUUGAAGGCAGGAGGGUAGUUCCCUUGCUGCAUGUACGCGUUCGGCUGCGGUGUUCCGCCUUGUUCAGAAGGCGCUGGUGACGCUUGAUGUCCGAAGUUUUGACCUGCAGGAGAAUACGGAUGGGGAGAUGCGGUUGACACCCGUUGAGGUACACUACCAGGUCGCAUUUGGUUCGCCAUUAUCGGGGAGGGAGUCGCGUUAGCCGACCCAUUUGUCUGAAGAUGAGGGUAUGGAGACGGUUGUCCUGAAGGAGUUUGCUGUUGUGGUUGCUGUGGUUGCUGUGGCUGCUGUGACGUCUGUUGUUGAGAUUGCUGUUGUUGAGGUUGUUGUUGCUGCGGCUGUUGUGGUGGAUAGUUCGCAUAAUGAUUUUGCUGAGGCGUCUCGGCGCGUGAAGUGGGUGCCAUUCCCGGGGCCGGCCUGGGCGAGCCCGCGAGGCUGUCUUCACGCGGUCGAGGUCGCUUCGAUGGGAUAACCGAGUUCGUUUGAUAAACCGGGUUGGGAAAGCCACCGGGCUGGUUGCGCAUAUUGCCAUUUUGCAUGGCGAGCAUUUGUUGAGGGUUCGCGAACUGCGCAGCGGCGGCGGGAUUGAAUUGGCCCGAAUUGGCCAUAUAGGCGGAUGGGUCCAUCAUGGCUCCUGAAGACUGGGAAGGAUCGCUAACGUGAUGUGUAAAGCCGUUGCCAUUAUGAUUGGGGAGAGCGGCGGAGGCGUCGUUCAUCCAGGAGCUCAUGGCUAGAGGCAGAAGCAGAGGGUGAGGAGCAAGAAAGAGGAGAGAGCCCGACCCAUCUGGCGACUACGAUGGCGCGGAAUUAGCAGCGAUCAUUGGUUUGAAGUCUGCAAUACACGUAUGAAUACAAAAGUAUAAAAAAAAGAGAUGGAAAGUGACACGGCGAGCACUUGUCGCGAUGGAGUCGUCGCGUCGCGGAUGAAGAGUGUGUGUGGUGUGUGUGGUGUGUGUGUGUGAGUGCUUGUUCCGGGUAUGGGGCGUUUUUUUUUCUGCGUUGCGAAAGUGGUCGGGGGGUAGGGUGCUGGGACGGAGUGCUGUGCUCGAUCCCUUGGGGCCAGCAGACAGACAGCAAGCAAGCAAGCACGAGUCGCAGCGGCUCUUCCUAUGGGGGAAACGCGCGCGCGAAAAGACGUGUGGGUUCCGCUAGACUGGGGUUGAGAGACAGAAACCAGGCAGAAAGGUAAGGCAGGAAGGAGGUGAGGGAUACGCUGCUGAGGGCCCGGAAAGGUGAGGCAGAAUUUUUUGGCGCGUUGGUUAUUGGGGCCACCCGAUCGCAACACGUCGGGAACAAGCAACCAUCAACUUUUGCAGCAAUCAGAGCCUCGUUUCAUCCAGAAAAGGCUAGGAAAUUGAUGGGCAAAUGUCACGGGACAAAAUACAAAUGUUAUUGCAUCGCCGGACAGCCGGGGCUGGCAAAAAUGAGAGCAAGAAAAGGGGAAGGUCUUACCUAAGGCGCGCGUUCAGUGUGUGGAUGAACUGAACUGUGUGAACUGUGAUGCGAGAGUUGCGCUCUUGCAGGCCAGCCGGGUCGGCUGUGUUCUUGCUCUCCUUGGCCCAACCCGCCGCUGUUCACUCUUUUCCACGAGUGGAUUAGCUCAGUUUUAAGCGAAAGCGUUUUAUAACAUGAGUCGAAGCCAAUCAAAUGCACGCGAUUGCUGAGACCUGCGGCAGGUCCCACUUUUGAUAGAGAGUAGACCCAUCCCAUCGCAUCAAGGCAAGUCAAGUCAACCGUCCCGAUGGCCGCCGCAGUGGCACAACAUGAACCUCUUUGUUAGUAAGGCUGUGAGAACCCCAGUCUUGACCUCAUAUGUCGCAUACAUGCUGAAUUGUUGGCCUUUGCCAGCCAUUAGCGGCGAGUUGACGGGCAUUUUCAACCAGUCUGGGUGAGUUACCAUCAAAUGAGUGAUAACGGUAGUGUUCUGAGGCGCCUGCAGCCACUGCAGCCGAACUCUUUUGGGCUUAAGUUUGGAGCAGGUUAUAUGGUUUGAGAGCAAGAUGGGUGCCGGGCGCAAAAUGUCUGACCUUCGCGUGAGCAACUCCUUGGGACGCUGCAGAGUAGACUGCAGGCCACGCAACUCGGUUUAUAGUUGCGGUUUCAUGGAAUCGAGGUCAAGCUGAACAUUAACACCUCGAAAACCUUGCUGUAGCGCCCCGGCAAUUCUUUUUCGACCUCUGGCUUGUUCAAUCCAUGUUUCUUGGGCGUCCGAGGAAUGUCGGAUGCGACGACAAAAGCCACCACAACAGCCUGGCCUGACAACUUGUCACAAAGCUUCCCAAGUGAUUGUGCCCAAGUGCUGCUCAGUCUGGAGAAAAGUUAUCCCCAUGCAGCCUUUGAGCUGUUUUUUUUUUUUUUUUUGCAGCAAACAGAUUCCAUCGUCCCCGUAAUUUUUCCCAACUGUGAAUUGCACAGUGAUCGUCGCUUGUCACUCAA